GUGACGCAGAGCCUUUUCCGGUCCGCCGGAUUAUGAAUGACGGUGGGCGGGGGACUUUCUAGACACAUUGCUUCUUGUUUAUUACUAGUUCUCCCUGCUACUCGGGGCCUCACUGGAGGCGAGUGCUCCUCAGGCCGCGGCUUCCAGAAGUAGCUUCGGAAUCCCGGCUCGGGCUGGGCGGGAAGGCGCGGUGGCCCGCGUCGCCCGCACGCUCUCGCGCCCUCCCUGCCUGGCCGCGCCCCUGCGACCAGGUAAAGAGGGCGCUCGGGGCCCCCGAGGACCGGCGAGGGCUCGCAGCCGGCGGAAGUCUUCCCGGCCCCGCAUUCGCCGCAGACGUAGCGUAGGUGCAGCUGGAGGGCUGCGCGCCGUUCCGCUGAGUGACGCGUGGGCCACUCCGCUGCGAGCCCAACCCUCCGGUCUUCCUGCGUGGGUCAAAUUUAGCUUCAAGCAUUAUGACUCCAUAGCAACGGACAAUUCUUUGAAUCUCCACAGAGAUUAUAUACUUCUUCUGUAACUAAGAUUUCAAUUCCCAGUGGUGCUGACAUAAGAGAUGGAUGCGUACUCCAUAGGUUGUGCUCAGCUCCCGCACCUUAUGUUUUUGCCUGCUGUUUUAUCAUUUCCUUUCAGUGACUGCGGUAUGGCAUAUGCCAGGAUUGAGAAAGAGCAGUGACAGGUGACCCAAUGAAAACAGAAAAUGAAAGGCAUUAAGAAAAGUCCUACAGAAGAGUUCCUGUACCUGGAGUACUCUCACCAAACAGAGGGGUGCAUCUUUCCUCUCCAUACGUCUGUAACUCUGUUUUUAUUAUCCUACUGUGACUGCAAGGUCUUUAAUGUUUGCUUGGUCCCUGCCGAAGACAAUGCAGACGCUUCCCUCCCACGAGAGGCACUGUCCCAGGAUGUGGACUUACAGGUUAUUUCAAGGCAGGCGCUCCCGCCGAUAGUCCAGAACUGCUGUUUGCCUGCUGUGGUAGAACAACCAGAUGUUUUCUGUAGAGCAGGACUUGCUGUUGUCCUCAGACACAUAAUCCAGAAAUCCUACGAAGCUGAGCCCUCAAGAAAGGAGAUUUUGGAACUUCUGGGUUUUAAAAAGACUUGUUUGAAAGCCUGUGCUGAAGUUAGUCAGUGGACGAGGCUAUGUGAACUCACCAUCCCCUUGGCUGUCGAGAAUUUUCUCCAGAAAACUUCUGACCAGCCCCCAACUAUUCCUGAAGAAAUACUACAGCUUGAAAGAAAACUCAGCGAGCCUGUCCGAGUACACAAUGAUGACAAACUUCGCAGGCAGAAGCUGAAGCAACAGAAGACUGCUGGAGUUGAGCCCCCCUCUGGUAAGGGGAAAGCAAAGAGCCAGGCCGGUGCACAGCAACCAUCCAAAGAGUUGGCUGGCUCAUCCAAGAGUCUAGAACUGAAGGUGGCAUUCUCAAAGCUCACAGUGCAGGAUCCAGCUGCUGCCAACAGGGAGCCUUCUCACAUCAGGAAAGCAAAAGCCUCUGACCUUCCACCUCUAGAGCACGUGUUUGCAGAAGGACUGUACUUCACUUUGGCAGACAUCGUACUCUUGCCCUGUGUUCAUCAUUUUUUGGUAAUUCUCUGCAGGAAAUUUUCUGAGAAGCUGGAACAGUUUCCACUGCUAGCUUCUUGGUACCAGCGGAUUCAGGAAGUGCCAAAAGUCAAAACGGCAGCUUCUAAGUGUGGGAUCCACUUUGUGUAUUUACCAGAAUUGCUGAAUUCUGCAAGUGAGACGCCCCUGAACUCCACUGAAGUGACAGCCGGAGAGGAACCAAACGACCCUUCAUUUACAGGUGGACCAAGACCAACUAUGACCAAGUUAAUGGAAAAAGGCAUUGAAGCGAUGUUUUCUCCGCACCCCUGUCCUUCUUGGACCCUUGACUGGGAAAACCUUCCUGCUGCUGUCAGCCCGAAGGAAGGCAAAAUGUCCACCGACCGAGCUUUGAGGAAGCAGCAACAGUUGAAUAACCUUGCUUACGUGGUGCUAAGUCAAGCCAAACCUGGUGACAGAAUUGUGGAUUUCUGCAGUGGCGGGGGCCAUGUUGGGAUUGUUCUUGCACAUAUGCUGCCCUCUUGCCAGGUUAUAUUAAUAGAAAACAAGGAAUUAUCAUUAAUUCGUGCUAAGAAGAGAAGUGACGAACUAGGUUUGAACAACAUUUGGUUCAUUCAAGCAAAUAUGGAGUAUUUUACAGGAAUGUUUAACAUUGGGGUGGCGCUGCAUGCUUGUGGAGUGGCGACAGAUAUGGUGAUUGAGCACUGCAUCCAAACGCGGGCUUCCUUCAUCACGUGCCCAUGUUGUUACGGCUUCAUUCAGAACACAUCCAAGUUUAAUUUCCCCAAAAGUGAAAAAUUCAAGAAAACUUUAUCAUACAAGGAACACAUGAUUCUGUGCAGAUUUGCAGAUCAGACAGCUGUCCAGCUUCCACCCCAGAGAAGACUUAUAGGGAAGCAGUGCAUGUGCCUGGUAGAUAUGGACCGUGCGACCUCAGCAGAAGAACAUGGCUACUCUGUUCAAGUGAUAUCUAUGGAGCCAGAGAGCUGCUCUCCCAAAAACAACAUGAUUGUGGGCAUCCCCAUUUAGAAUGAAGCACUCACUCUUAUGUUUUGCCACUGGCUUCCUAAUGGAAGUCCAGGGCAUGCAGGGAGUUCUUGGUGUGUUACUGGAAGCAGCGUUGAGCAUCUCAAGCCUGUCCAAAGUUACCGGGAAUCUUGGAAGACGGACACUUACUGUGUAUGCAAAAGGAUAACUGGCCUCCUAGAGGGAUCCCCUGAAGCCUCAGCUGCCAAAAGAAUUAUUCUCACUGGCCAAGUUUCCAUCAGCAGAACAAUUUCCUCACACAUCUGCCUGAUGUCUCAGUGGUAUAGUCAAUCCAAGUUAUGUCCUUGAAGCCUUCAUUUUAUAAUCUUCAGAUAUUCACACAUGAUGAUCAAAACUAAACUCAAAGGUGGUUGUGCUUUUUAUAGUUCUAAAAAACAAUGUAUCUUUUCUAUAGUUUAUUUUUUUUAAACCUAGAAUGGUGAAUGUGGUGUGACUUUUUUUAAAUCUGAGGUUGGUUGAAAUUGUAUAUCAUGGAGUAUACUCUUUUCAAGUAUAUGUCCCAUAAAUUAUCAAACGAGAUUAUUGCUGGUUUAAACACUUCAUGUGAAAAUUUGUAAGUCAACUGCACUAAAGUACACUUAUAAAAGUAAAGUUUAGAUAUAAAUUUUCACUAAAUAAUAAAUAUAUUCAUUUAAUUCAAGCAUAUAAUUAACAAAUACUGAGACCUAUGAUUUUCAAGACCCACGCCUAGGUUUUUCUGAAAAUAUAAAAAUGAAUUACAUGUGAUCCACUGCUUUGCCUGUCAAAGGAGAUCUGCUAAAUCUAGAAGAGCCAAGUUCUACAUGUCAAACCACAACAUGUGGCCUUAUAUUUGGGUAUGGUGUGAGACUCUGAAAACUCAUUUGAAUGGUGCUGUCUGCCUACAUGCUCUUUGCAGCAGCCAGCUUUUAAUGACAGACACAGACAGCCCUCGCCCGUGCUGCUACUAACUUUAUGACUGGAGUAUUUGAAUUGAUUGUCUAUUUAUCUUGAUAUUUUCAUAUCUGAAGCAGAAGACCUUAAGGACUUUAUUUGGCUGCCACUGUGCUUUAAAAUACAGGAAAAAUUUAUAAGACAACAAGGACAGAAAGGAAACUUGGCAGUUUUAUGAGAUAUAUUUAAGAUGAGAAAUAAUUAUCAGGCCUAAGUGCUUUAUACGUUGGUACCUGUAACUACAGCUUACUCCACUUCUUUUUUAUAUUGAGGUAUAAUUUGCAUACUAUGUAAUAUAUAGA